CGGGAUUUUACAGUCGUCCAACGCACUAAUCCAUCAUCACACGGCCGCCGAGGAAGCACGUGAGUGUAAACGGCGUCGAGGAAGUGAUGGAUUGGUACAAAUCGUCGGGUGCCCAAGUGCUUGCAGCGCGCAGCACCGUCAUGUAUCACGACCUGUGCACGCGAGCAGAAUCCCCCGGCGCGGUAUUAGACGUCGACAUUCGCCAGAUCGACCUCGACGUCCCUCGGACCGGCGUGUCCCUUUACCGGUUUGUUAUGCACCAAGACGUGAAUGAAGACGUAGACUUGGACUUGAAUCCACUCGCGCCUCACUUCAACGCUCUCAAGCGGAUCCUGCUUGCGUAUUCUCUUCGAAACGUUCGUGUGGGGUAUGUUCAAGGUCACGCCGACGUCGUGAGUUUCCUCAUGGGUCUCGUCUCAACCGAUGGCAAGACUGGGGACUACGACGAAGAGCAUGUAUUUUGGAUCUACGCUGUCUUGAUGGAGCGCAUCUUCCCGUCAGACUUUUUCGCACGCAUGCCGAAACUGCAAGGGUUUCAUGUUGACAUGGACGUAUUUGCCAAGUUGAUUCAGUCCAAGGUUCCCGCGCUCGCGUCUGUUCUCGAACCUGAGGACCUGCAUGUCCUGUCUUCGCUCCUUGCGUCCAAGUGGUUCAUGACGGUGUGGGUUGGCGAGAUCCCUCUUCCUGCAUUGACCGCGUAUUGGCGGUUCAUGCUUGCGGGCAGCAUGGACUCCUCCUCCGUCGCGCAUUUUAUCAUGGCGCUAAGUCUCUUGGAGCUCGCCACCGAGUCGAUCGUGGCAUCAGUGCGUGAAAAUGACGGCGACGCGAGCUUUGGCUACAAGGUCGCCCUCGAACAUGCCUCCCACGUGGACGCAGACACAAUCACGUCGCUGCUUCGAUACAACAAGUACAACUUGAACGACACCAUCAUCGAAGGCAUGCGAGCAGAUGUACGGGCUAACCCACACUUCAUCGAGCAAGAAGUGUGUGCGCUGCACGGCAUUACGCAUUUUGAUCGGUCGCAACUGGAACACCUCCAAGUUGAGUUUCAGUUUCUCAUCGCGACGUCGCAGCAGCAACAGAAUAACGAGCCCAUGCGGCGGCAGACACUGGCAGCCGACGGUAUCAACAAGGACGUGCUGCGUCAGAUCCUCUUUCGUGUCAUUCCCGAGUGGUCCCAUGCAAGUGCCGAUCAACUCUUCCACGUGCUGCAGCCCGAUGCCCGUGGCAACAUUGACUUUCAGCGGCUCAUGCUGGCGCUGUCGGUGUUGUGUCGGGGGAGCACGGAGGAAAAGAUGCGGCUGUGCUUUGAUCUGUACGACGUGGACAAGAGUGGAUUCCUCGGCGUUGAAAAAAUGAUCAACAUGGCCGCAUCCUUGUGCGAAAUCUACCAAAACAAAGUUGCGCCGCCUCCGCCACCACCUCGACAACGUUCAGGGUCAUCGUCGCAAGGCCCGUCGGUACAAACUACCCGCCGCGCGUCGGCAUCCCACGACGCACGCGAUGAUGUCGAUCAAGUUGGGACCUCGCCUGCCUUGAUGACAUCUUCAAGGCGAAAAUUUCGCUCGUGCAGCUCCGACGCGACGCAUCACUGGAACACUCCCACCUUUGGAUCUCUCGACGAUGACCGCCAUGACGACGACGAGGAUGAUUACGAGACCGCUCUACUCAAUCGAUACGAUCGCGUGCUCCCAGUGGCAUUUCUACACAAAUUGCUGCGCAUGGACGUCGACCGAGACCACAAACUGUCGUUCAAGGAGUGGUCGCAGGGCGCAAGAACGGAGCCACUCAUUCUUCGCUGCUUUGAAGACGACACGAGUGCCAUCCACGAUUCGCGGUUGCAGUCGGCCUAUCGCCAUCGGCGCUCGUCGCGCGGCAGUGACUUCCAUCACAGACGACUACGUCGCCGCAGCAACAGCUCGGACUGCCAUUCUAGGUCCAGCCCUCCGUCGCCAUCCGAUAAGCCCAUGGGCGGUCUCCUCAGCGAUAUGGCACUGUCUGGGACAAACAAACGCAAGGACGGCGGCCGCAUCUCCCUCCUGUCCCCUACAUCUGAAUUCCACCAGUUUUCCAGCGCCAUUCAACGCGCGACCCAACAGCAUGUCGACAAAGCACCACUACAGCCACUCCCUCCCGCGCCACUUCCGCCGAGCCGCACAUUGAGCUGGCACAAGCGGUCCAUGUGCGAAGGAUGCGUGAUCCUGUAAUGAAUGCGACAGUGACAGGCAUCAAAGACCGUUCAAGUCGGUCGUCCUAUUUAAUCGAACGAGUCUUUCCGCUUACGCUUCUUCGCUGCUGUGUUUGUGGUCAUUCCAUGUUGCCGCUGAAACACUUGCAACUUUUGAACGAGCCCUGCUUGGCGCCUUGCCACGAGCAUGACAUCUUCCGGAGAAAUCGUGCGGCGACCGGCGUGGCGUGCAAAGUGCUGCAGGUCAUGUGCCACAAGCUCAAGCUGCUUCAUCGCGACCUCUGUCAGAACUUGCAGUGCAUCAGGCGACAACGUUGGCCGCACCGAUCGACUACUACUCGAUAACGAAAACUCAGCAUUGACGCUGUCUCGCGUCGCUUCUUCCUCGCAGAUCGAGCUCACAGCGAACAGCAUCGCCCGCCGCUCUUCCAUGCUUGAUAGCUUCUC